UCUUUACGUGCGCCUGUUCGGAGUGAGGCGGCGAGCGGAUGGCACGGCAGAAAGGCACGGCAGCUGGCCCAGCUCUCACCGACCUUCGUCUACCACCCACCACCACCACAACCGCACUCAUGGCACUUGGCCCGCCCGCCAGCCAGUCUUGCUCGUUCCUGUCCUUGUUUCCCUCGAUGCCUCGAAAUCAAGGCCACAGCCCCCAAAUCUGCACUAUUCUCCAAAUAGCAUCCCGACCCACCAAUCCGAUCUGCUGACAGGGAUCUGGGCGAUCCGCGGAGACUUCAAAAGCUUGAAUCCCAACCCUCACGCGCAAUGUCGAGUGGCGCCCAUAUACAACCGCAAUCGCAAGAGCAGUCGUGACUCUCAGGUUCCAAUUGGAAGGUCGCGGCGGGGGCCAGACAAAGCCACGGGAGACCACCAAGCUAUGAGGUCAUUAUGUUGUUGUCCCUCCUCACUUACGUAUGUGAAGCACUUACGUAGUAGACCAACCCCUCACAAUACCUGAUUUCUUUCUGUGAUUCAAUCCUGUGUGCCUCUCUUUAUAACCCAUGCUCUGCACUCAAUUGCCCAUCAUCAACGGAACCCUGCAAUAUCUAAUAAUAUCAACUCGCCAUGGAGAAGAUCAAGAGCUUGAUUUCCCACCGCAAGAGUCAGGACGAGACCCCAGAUCGUAACCCUGCCGAACCUUCUGUAAACGUGCGGAAAGAUGGCGAACACCCCAUUUACGACCAGAUGACCAACCACCCUCCUGCCGCUGCUUCCACUUCCUCGCAGCCUUCUUCGGCUUCUGCUCAGGCACGGGACGGCGAACCCCACCACUUUUCCAGCGGUCACCGAUCAGCCAAGACGGAUUCGGGCAGUGGUCCAGAAGCAGCCCGGCAAGCCCAGACGAGUUUGCAGCCCGAGAAGGCCCAUCAUGCGGGGGAUUAUGCGAGCGCCUCGAGCAUCAAAUCGGGUGUUGUUGGGUAUCCUCCUUCUUCACUAGACAAGCACGCUGCCUUGACCAACAAUAAUCCCGCUGAACGUCAGCUAUCCGGUGAUCAGAUUCUCGGCCAGGGAAGGGCUGAGCACGAGGACGCAACCCGGAGUGCUGGCCGCGUGGGAGAAACGCAGUCAUACGAGAAGCCACUCGGUCAGAGCUCAUCUCCUGCUGCUGUUGGCACCGAGAGAUCUUUCCCAUUGACUGGCGGUAUCAAGUCUGAACCGCAAGCCCAAACGACCACAAGGGAGCCUGUUACCAAUCAAAGGGCAGAACGCGAUGGUCAAGGUCGUGGAGCAUUGGCUGGCGCAGCUGCAGCGGCGACCGCAACUUCAGCUAUCCCUUCUUCUCGUCACACUAAACACACCACCUCUGAACCACUUCCUGGAUCAGAUUCCAGCCAGAUUCGUAACGAAUAUCAUCCAGAUCCUGCCGCAAUCACUUCGAAUACACAAUCGACAUCACUGGCCAACCAGGAACGCAACAAUGUGAGCUCUGCUACGAACAAUGACCAAUCGGGUGCUUCCAACUCAUCGAUCCACUCACUGCUGUUCACCAAGGGCCCUCAUCCUACUGAUGCCGGGAACUUGUUUGAUCCCAAAGUUUCCAACCCCCACUUGCAUAUUCCCGGCGAAUUCCCCACUCUCACCCCGGUAGAAGAGUCCCGUGAGCCUUCUUACAGUUCCAACAAGGCCAAUUCAAACGUCGACCCUACGACUAUUCCCGGAACACACCAGGAGCUUCGCCACACACGUACGCUGGACACAUCACAGACACAAUCGGCGGAUGGACAGUCCACUGGAACCACUGCCCGAGAUGGUACUGGUGCUAAAGCGGCUUUCGCCGCUGCUGGUCUGGGUGCAGGAGCAGGAGCAGGUGCUUAUGCAGCGGGGAAGCACCACCAAGAAUCACCACAGCCUGGCAGUGAGACUUUCAAAUCGGAGCCGAGCCCAUAUAGUUCCCACAAAAUUGACCCACGAGUGGACUCCAAGCCUCGUCAAGACAAGAGUAUCCCAUCCGCUGGUGCUGGUAUUGCGGCGCAACCCGUUUCCGAAACCCAGAAGAAGCCGGAGCAUCAUUACGGUCGAGAUGCCGCUCUUGUAGGUGCAGGUGCAGGUGCAGGCACAGCUGCUGGACUUUACGCUUCCCAGAGCUCAGGCCAGUCAGACACUGGGCCAGCGUCAUCAACUAUUGGCCCUCACAAGAGCAAUCUGGCCAACAUACUUGAUCCCCGGGUUCAGCCCGACCCAGAAAAGCAAAAGUCUGCCCACAAGCAGGAACACCAGGAUGGACAAAACACCUAUACUGCUGCCCCUGUUGGUAAAAUUCAAUCGGAGGCUAGUGGCACCGCAAAGCACGAGGCAGCAGAGACUUAUGACAGCCACCGUCUCACUCAGCCCGCAGCGUCCAUGAACGAGCAGCGUUAUGACCCAAACUCUCCAAACGCCAAAUCACCCUCUCCUGUUCCUUCCAAUAUCCAAGCCAAAGGAGAGCCACAGAGCUCUCAGCAACACCAUUAUGGUCGAGAUGCCGCUGUUGUCGGUGGUCUAGGAGCCGCGGGUGUAGGCGCAUACGCAGCCACACGUGGAGAUGAUCGCACUAAACAGCAACUUCCCCCUUCCGCAUCUCAACCCACCACCCUUGCUAGCAAAGAGCCUACACACCAACGCUACGACUCCGUCCAGCAGCCAUCCCAAGACCACGACAAGCGUAACCUGGCAGUCGGGACCGCCGCUGCUGCCGGUGUCGGAGGAGCAGCAUAUGCGUACUCUUCCCAGCACGACGACGCCAUGAAGUCCCAGGAACAGCAGCUCAAGGACCAGCAAAAAGCCUUCGACGCUCAGCAAAAGCAGCAGGACAAAGAUCUCCACCACCAACAAAAACAACAUGCCAAGGACCAAAAGCAUCACGACAAAGAAGUCACUGCCGCGACCGCCGCUGCUGAGAAGGAAAGACAGCAUGCCCAGCAACAAGAUGCGCGUCACGCUCGCUCACAGGAAGAAAACAUGGCUGUCAACAAGAACAGAAGCUUGGAAGACGGCAAAGAUGAAAAGAAACACCGUCUCCUUCCUUUCCUGAACCGCGAUAGGGAUGCGGAUGAGACACGCACAUCUACCGACCAAUAUCAGAAUGACUCGGAUACGAGUGAAGGGAAGAGGGAGCGUCAUAGGUUGCACAAGGACCCCCCGCCGGGUCAUCCCGCUCGCGAUGCCAUGCUUCACCAGCAGAAGCAGGGAGAUGAUGGCCGCGUGAUUGAGCCACACACCGGUCUCCCCAUGAACGUAGCGAAAUACGGCACUGAUGGGGAGGGGGGAACAGAUGGAAGUAGUACCGUGCACGGGUAUAAUACCCAUAAACAGAUGCAUCAGGGUGGGGGGCAGGGGAAUGGUAAAGGUUGUAUCUGCUGAUCUCUUCUUCCCUUCCCUCAUCUUCCUGAGUAAUGAAUGUCUGGGUAACGAAAAUUUCUUUUUCGUGGUUCAUGGAAAAAAGAAAACCUCUCUUCUAUAUCUGUUUCUUUUUUUCUUGGGUGUGUAUUAUGUGAAACAAAUCAAGUGGUUUGUGGGUUUUAAUAUGCGGCAUUGGUAUUUCCUACAGUAC